AUGCUGGGUCCUCACAGUGCUGCUUUACGCCUCAUCUCGUCGCCACCGACUGCCAGCGGCUGCGACCUCGCCUUGGCUUCAUCACCGCAAGAGCGGCUCUUGAGCACAGCACACAGUAGCGAUUCCGCUCGGGGUCCUGAGCUGAGGGUCGAGGAAAAGGCGCAGCGGCCCACCGACAGGCAUCCCGAGUUUCCCAUGGAAGUGCGAGCCGAAAUCGCCAUCCCGGGGAUAAGCUCGUCCGGAGAUUGCGAUCUCAAUGUAUCGGGAAGCACUCAGCCGAUGUCGCUGGCCGAUGAGGGGCAAGCUCUAACAAAAGAGGCGGGCAGCAGCAGAUGUCGCGCGUGGAAACUGGGCGACUUCCAAAAUGAAUCCAACACGCACACACACAUCCGCGUCGUCCACCACCACCACCAUCAUCAUCACCGCCACCGCCACCGCCACCACCGCAUCCUCACCAUGAGCAUCUCCGACACCACACCCGUGGGCGGCGUCGUUCCCAGCACCAAGCUCGCCGCCGUCGCCAAAUCCACCGCACCCCGGCGCAAUCGCAUCCGCCGCGGCCAGAAGCUCGACGAAGUGGUGCUGCUUGCCGAGCAGCGCAUGCACUCCUCCGACGAGCCUCGAUCCACCGCCGCCGUCGUUGCACCAGCAGCUUCUUCUUCCGCCGCUGCGGGUCCUUCGUCGGCAGCAGGAGGCGAGAGCCCGUUCCAGCUGCAAGAGUACCUGGCCAUGCUGGUGCGUCGCGACCCGCACGCCGUGGAAGCCAUCACCUCUCUCCCUACGGAAGCGGACAUCGAAGCGUCCGACAAGGGCAAGUCGAGGGACGACUCGGAGGACGAUGGGAUGCUGCAGAACGUCGACACGGACAUUUGGGUAUACGAGCAGCUGCGGCGUCUAGUACUCGACCUGACCACGCCGUGGCUGACGGCGCUGCAGCAGGAGUGCGACCGGGACGCGCGGCCACAGACGUGUGCGGCCAUGAAUGCGGGCGACUGGAUGUACCUCUGCGCAUCGCACGGCGAAGAAAAACAGUGCUGUGCCAUCGACUACAUGGUGCAUACGCUCGACGGCGCUACGUCGCUGCUCAACUCGGCGCGCCACUUCCCCUCGCGCACGUACGUGCCCAACACGAGUCUGCGCCACUUUGGCAGCAUCGCCCGCCGGCUCAGCCGCAUCUUUGUGCACGCAUGGUGCUAUCACCGCGACACAUUCCUCGCGUGCGAGGCCGAAACCUCGCUCUACGAACGCUUCUACAGCCUCGUUCAGACAUACGACCUUACCGCUACCGAUAAUCUUCCGCCCCGUCCCAGCGCUGCAGGUCACGGAGGGGAUGAGAGCGAGCUAUUUUCGCGGGGUCCCGUGGUGGCCAACGGUACCACGGCAAAGAGGGAGAGGAGUGGAACGGCGGCUCAGCGCACGUUGCCACAGAGCAUGCAGGCGGAUGCGGUGGGGCUCGUGCCUCCGCCUGCACCCAGUCCGCGCCCCACCGCGAUUCUCAGCAGACCAGACCACGACGAGGCAGACGACCAUCCGCCCAGCUGGGCUGCUCAGCCCACCGACGCGGACAAACACAGCUUCCUUUCCGCGGACAACGAUGAUGAUGACGAGGAUGAAGAGGAUGCAGAGGACGAAGAGGAGCAUACGCAAAAGCUCGCCGGGGUGAAAGUGGAUGACGACGCGACGAUUUCCCUGCGCGCGACGGCGGUGCCGGCUGCGCACGUCCAGGACGAGGCGAAGCCAGAGGAGGAGCAAACGACGAGCGAGACGGCAUGA